GUGUCGAAUUAGGUAUGCAAUUGACACCUCAAACUUUAUCUCAAUCCUUCAAUCAUGCACAAUCAUCGAGCCAAAAUUAUAGACAAAAAUCAGAUAAAUUUUAUGGAUAUAGUGAGGUGGCGGCGGGCCCUUAAUCUAAAUCCGCGGUGUCACACCACCACCUUCUCCGCCCCUAGUUUCCAGUUUCCAUCUCUCUCUCUCUCUCUCACACACACACACGCACACGCACACGCACACGCACAAUCUUCCCCUUCUCCGGAUGGGUCUAAGCCUAAUCGGGCGGUCUUAAAGUAUAAGUUAUUGUUAUUUCGAUCCCAACGUAGUCUUUUUGCCCUUUACAGAUUCGGCUCUCUCUCUCUCUCUCUAUCUUGUUGCAGACUGCAGCAAUAUUGCCAUUGUUGUAUUGGAAAUUUCAGCUAGCUAGAUCUGAAUUUCAUUUUGUUGUAAUUAUUGAUAUACUCUACUCUGUAAAGAACCUUUUCCCGCCCUCGACAUCUCUGGUUUUGGUGUAUCAAUUGCGAUUUUGAUGUGGGAUUAGCUCGCAAAGCCUAAAAUUGAUGGAAAAAUAUAGUCUUUGUUGAUUUUGAGGUGUACCCUAUUAUUCGUCUAAAAAGAAAUGGUGGCUGUAAAUAUGGGCACCCUUUACUAUGUGCUGGAUCAUGUGUAUGGUGCAUUGCUGCACAGAACAAAGAUUAGCCCUCCAUUUUUCUCGAGGGGUUGGGGUGGGGCACAGCUUGAGCUUUUGGAGAGGAUGAUAAAUCAAUUGUUUCCCCAAAUAGGUCAGAAUUGGCCUCCCGCUUUGGUGCAGCCAGUUUGGAAAACUGUUUGGGAAUCCAAGACUGCUUGUCUGAGAGAAGGGGUGUUUAAGACCCCUUGUGAUGAGGUGCUUCUCAAUGCAUUGCCCCCUGAGAGCCACACUGCAAGAGUGGCCUUUCUCUCUCCCAAAUCCGGCCAGCCGCAGAAGAUGGCAUGUGUUGUUCAUCUGGCUGGCACAGGAGACCAUUCAUUUGAGCGGAGGUUACGUCUUGGUGGGCCUCUGCUGAAGGAAAACAUAGCAACUAUGGUGCUUGAGAGCCCCUUCUAUGGAAGAAGACGUCCUUUGCAGCAGCACGGUGCAAAACUGUUGUGCGUCAGUGAUUUGCUCCUAUUAGGAAGAGCUACCAUCGAAGAGGCGCGUAGCCUUCUGCAUUGGUUAGACUAUGAAGCUGGUUUUGGGAAAAUGGGUGUCUGUGGACUUAGCAUGGGCGGAGUACAUGCUGCUAUGGUUGGAUCCUUGCAUCCGACGCCCAUUGCCACACUCCCGUUUCUUUCUCCACAUUCUGCUGUUGUGCCAUUCUGUGAAGGGGUAUUAAAGCAUGCGACUGCCUGGGAAGCUCUUAGAGACGAUCUUGCUAUGCAGAAAAUUGCCUUGACGAUCGAGGAAGUGAGGGAACGGAUGCGGGACGUGCUGUCUCUGACUGAUGUCACGCGGUUCCCUAUCCCCAAAAACCCCAAUGCUGUUAUAUAUGUCGCUGCUACUGACGAUGGCUAUAUCCCAAAACACUCUGUAUUGGAGCUUCAAAAGGCGUGGCCGGGAUCGGAAGUAAGGUGGGUUUCGGGCGGCCACGUUUCAUCUUUCAUUCUACACAACGGGGAGUUCCGUAGAGCCAUUGUGGACGGACUUAAUAGACUGCAGUGGAAGGAAUCACCUUCAUGAUAUCAUGCUACGCGUGAAGAUGAUACCAUGAUAAGUCUUCUUUGCCUCUAACUCACAUUUGUACGCUGGGAGCCCAACAAAGUAAUUGAACUGAAGGGUUGCCUUUUCUUUUCAGUUUCUGAUUUGUCUUGUUAAAGGAAAAUAUCAAAAACUCAAUAAAAUUGUUAAAUUGUUCA